GCUGGGCCGGCUACGCGUGCGCGGUGGGCGGAGCGCGCCUCUACCUUCUUUACCAGCCCAGGCUUUCCCGUCCCUGCACAGUGCCGUGCGCUGCUCGUGUUUCAUCGCCCGGUCGCAGAGGGUCGCUGCCGCUGCGGAGUGGGCGUUCGGUUUUCGGGCCGUCAUGGCUGGCUACGAAUACGUGAGCCCGGAGCAGCUGGCCGGCUUUGACAAGUACAAGUACAGUGCCCUGGAUACCAAUCCGCUCUCUCUGUAUGUCAUGCAUCCAUUUUGGAACGCUAUAGUGAAGGUGUUUCCUACUUGGCUGGCUCCCAAUCUUAUAACCUUCUCUGGCUUUCUGCUGGUUGUAUUCAAUUUCCUACUUCUGACAUACUUCGAUCCUGACUUUUAUGCUUCAGCACCAGGUCACAAGCAUAUACCUGAUUGGGUUUGGAUUGUCGUGGGCAUCCUCAACUUUGUAGCCUACACUCUAGAUGGAGUAGACGGAAAACAAGCACGCAGAACCAAUUCCAGCACCCCUUUAGGGGAGCUUUUUGACCAUGGCCUGGAUAGUUGGUCAUGUGUUUACUUUGUUGUGACUGUGUACUCCAUCUUCGGACGUGGACCGACUGGCGUCAGUGUUUUCGUCCUUUACCUCCUGCUCUGGGUAGUUCUGUUUUCUUUCAUCCUGUCUCACUGGGAAAAGUAUAACACAGGCGUUCUUUUCCUGCCCUGGGGCUAUGACAUUAGCCAAGUGACUAUUUCUUUUGUCUACAUAGUGACUGCAGUGGUGGGAGUUGAGGCCUGGUAUGAACCUUUCCUGUUUAAUUUCUUAUAUAGAGACCUAUUCACUGCAAUGAUUAUUGGCUGUGCAUUAUGUGUGACUCUUCCAAUGAGUUUAUUAAACUUUUUUAGAAGUUACAAAAGCAACACCCUGAAGCACAGCUCCGUUUAUGAAGCCAUGGUCCCUCUCUUCUCUCCGUGCUUGCUCUUCGUUUUGUCUACAGUGUGGAUCCUCCGCUCUCCUUCAGAUAUUUUAGAAAUCCACCCUAGAAUAUUCUACUUCAUGGUUGGAACAGCUUUUGCCAAUAUCACAUGUAAGCUAAUCGUUUGCCAAAUGAGCAGCACUCGGUGCCCGACUUUGAACUGGUUGCUGCUUCCUCUCUUCCUGGUGGUGACCACAGUGAGCGUGGGUGCGGCAGCCUCCCACCUGGAGAGUCUUCUCCUUCACGGGCUCACGGCAGCCUUCACUCUGGCUCACAUCCAUUACGGAGUACAAGUGGUGAAGCAGCUGAGCAGCCAUUUUCAAAUUUACCCAUUUUCACUGAGGAAACCAAACUCAGACUGACUAGGAAUGGAAGAAAAGAACGUCGGCCUGUAAUCUUCAGGAAGUCUUGUAAAUAGACGCUUGUAAAUAUCUCCUCCAUCACCAUCGGACUAAACUGGUCUGCUUGACCCAUGUGGGAUCGCAGUGUGUGGCAGGCAUGUGGACAGCAGGAAUGAACAUGAUCUGAGCUGUGGAAUUUUGGAUUUUCUAACUUCCAACUUUAUUUUUUUAUAAAACCAUGAAACAUUUUGGUUAAGCACAGUGUACAUUAAACCAGCUAAAUGUUCCUA